GUGCACUGUGUCAGCGGGUCAAGAGAAAGAGCCGAAGAUGUCGGCUCGGUCAUGUGAUCGGCUGUGUCCAAUCACAGCUGAUGACAUAGGGGACAUGUACACUGAUCAUCAGGGCAUUGAUGAUCAGUGUAGCCACAGCAGUGUCAACUGUCAGUGUCCAUCAAUGCCAGCUGUUAGUGCUCAUCCAUGCCACCUGCCAGUGCCCAUCAGUGCCUCAUCAAUGCCAUGUAUCAGUGCCUACCAGUGCACAUCAAUGCCACAUAUCAGUGCCACUUAUCAGUGCCAGUCAGUGCCACCUAUCAGUGCCAGUCAGUGCCACCUAUCAGUGCCAGUCAGUGCCACCUAUCAGUGCCGCCCUGCCAGUCAGUGCUGCCUAUCGGUGCCACCUAUCAGUGCCAUAUAUGAGUGCUGCCUUUCAGUGCCCAUCAGUGAUGCCGGUUAAUGCACAUCAGUG